AUGACUUCUGUCCUCGAACGGGUGCAGAUCAACUUUCUUCACAAAUUUGUGGGAAGAGUUGUGACCGCUGCGGUCACUGUACAUGGAGGUCUAUUCUUGAAAAUGUACCUCGAUGGAGUCAUCAAGAUUUCACUCGCAAUGUAUAUUGGAGGUGGAAUGUGGAUCGCUCUGAAGCGGUUUUAUGGGCUCUUUUACUGGGUCCAUCUAUUGGGAUACAGCGGCAUCUUUAGCGCUGCAAUGUUUCACUCUCCUAUGUUGAGACCCUAUAUCAUCUCGGCGAUUGUACUUCAUUCAGCUUCAACGGCUUGGCAACUUUUCAAAGCAAAUAAGAUGAAUGCCACCCUCACCGCCUUACCUGGCAAGUUUGUUAUGCUUGAGAUUCCCGGAUUGAAAUCAGGUUGGAAACCUGCUGACCAGCCCGCAUGUACGUAUCGAUUGGACGGAGUAGGACAACAUAUCCGAAUCCGAAUGGGUAAUUUCUCGCAAAUCCUCCAAGCACAUCCGUUCACAAUAGCCACAAGUUCAGGUAAUCCCUUGAUUUUAUACAUCAAGGUUUCUGGGAGAUUCACUCGAACCAUUUACACACACGCUGAAAGAGCCCAAGAGGCUGAAGAAUUAGAACUGAAGCCAUCAAACCAUUCAGAUGUUGCUACACUGCAAGGAAAUGAAACUACUCAAACAGAAGGAGAUGAUGCAAGUGAAAAGAGGAGUUCCCUUCCCUCAACAAAUAGCUCCACAAUUCGAUUAUUGGUUCAAGGUCCUUAUGGUGGAAUGGGACCGCACAGUAUGAAGGAUUUUGGAAGCGUUUUCCUGUGUGUAGGUGGAUCAGGAAUCUCAUAUCUCACCAGCACAAUUAUGGAUAUUGUGACAGAAAAGAUGAAUGGAAGAUGUUCAACCAAACGGAUCAAAGCAUUGUAUGUUUUGCAAGAGUGGGAUGCCGCUCAAUAUUUUGGAAAACUCUUGGGGAUUCAAAUGGAAAGGGCUGAGAUGUGUGGAAUCGAUUUUGAAUUACAAAUCUUUGUGACAAAACAAGAAUACUCAAGAUAUUCACAAAGAACAUUAGAUGGGAUCCAGGUGUCUUGGUCUAGACCCAAAGUUAAUGACUUAUUCAGAGAAUUUCUCAAGACUGUCACUGGUGGAUGGGGAGUUGGUUGUGGUGUAUGUGGUCCUCGAUCAUUAUCCGCAGACUUGAGGAAAGCAGUGGGGGGAGUUUCAGUAGGGGACGCUAAACGGCUUGGUGGUAUCACAUUUUACUCGUAA